AUGGAGACCGAUUACCUGGUUAAGGGAGGAUACUGUAAUGGGACGCUGGAGGAGGAUGUGCCCGACCCUGACGUGACGGGCUGGGGAAUCGUAUCUUCGUUUUGCUUUUCCAUCGUAAUGAACAUGAUCGCCAUUAUGGUAGCAUAUGUGGCAAAUGCGCUACCUGAGGAACGCUACAAGUCAAUAGACUGCAUCGCCUACCGUCACGUGUCGCAGGCAGAGAGGCAGCGACGUAUCAAAGCCUUCGAGUCGUUCAUGCUAUCUUUGAGCGAUCAGCAACUUGUCACUGGCAUGGCUCUCAUGCUGGCAACGAUACUGAUAUUCUCAGGAAUGCAUGACCUGGAUGAUAGCUUCUCGGUGUACUCGUUUCAAAUCGCGACCCGACUCGGUUACUUCUCGUGCAUCACGCACCUUUGUUCCCUCUCAGUGCUAUGGGAAUACUUUGACCGACAUAAUUGGCUGCGAAUAUUUCGAACCAUUCUGAUGGUGGCUUUUCUGGUCAUGAUGAUUGGUUGCAUGAUCAUAUCAGACUCUGUGACUUUUCGAUUCAAUCGCCACGUUUCGGUCAAGUGUGCGAGAAAGCAUUUCAAGUUGAUUGAUCGAGAAAGACCGAACUACGUCUUCUUCUCUGACGAAUUCAUUAUUAUCUUUAACUUAUCCGUAUUGACUUACAUUCUUAUAUCUGGAUAUGUUCAAAGGUUUCUACAACUGUACUGCAUGCCGGCCCGCGGCGAACAAGACUUUUGGCAAUGUCGCUCCUUACGAGCUCUGUUUGGAUCUGAUACCGAGAAUCGGUUCAAGAGCCUUGAAAAGAACAAAACGUUAGCGGACAUCAGAUCUAGUUUUCUCUGGGAGAUCGUGUGGCUAUUCUUCUACUUCACAUUUGGGACCGCGAAUCUCCUCAGAUUCUUCGAUGAUGCCACUUUGAAUAUUGGAGCUAUAAAACCAAAUUUCGGGCAGCUCGUACCUUUAUUUCUUCUGGCUCUUCCUUUGAUCACAGCCACUGAAGCUUAUACAAGUAAGUGA